UGGAGGCGGAGUCACAGGAGGAAGUGGGAGUAGAGAAGGCUCGAGGCGGGCUGGCCAGCGGGCCGCCGCCGCCACUUUGUCGAGUCGCCGCCGCCACUGGGGAGAUGGAGGGGCCGGGACUGGGCUCGCAGUGCAGGAAUCACAGCCAUGGCCCCUACCCUCCAGGAUUUGGCCGACAUGGAGUCUGUGCACAUGAAAACAAAGAACUUGCCAAGGCGAGAGAAGCUCUUCCUCUUAUAGAGGAUUCUAGUAACUGUGACAUUGUAAAAGCUACUCAAUACGGCAUUUUUGAGCGAUGUAAAGAGUUGGUAGAAGCAGGAUAUGAUGUCAGGCAACCAGACAAAGAAAAUGUGUCUCUUCUUCACUGGGCUGCCAUUAAUAACAGGCUGGAUCUUGUAAAGUUUUAUAUUUCAAAAGGCGCUGUGGUCGAUCAGUUGGGUGGAGAUUUAAACUCAACUCCUCUUCAUUGGGCCAUCAGACAAGGGCAUUUACCUAUGGUCAUAUUAUUACUGCAGUAUGGUGCAGACCCUGCUCUCAUUGAUGGAGAGGGAUUCUGCGGCAUCCACCUGGCCGUGUUAUUUCAGCACAUGCCCAUUAUAGCAUAUCUCAUCUCUAAAGGACAGAGUGUGAACACGAUAGAUGUAAACGGGCAGACACCUCUCAUGUUAUCAGCUAACAAAGUACUUGGGCCAGAACCAACUGGAUUUCUUUUAAAGUUUAAUCCUUCUCUCAAUAUAGUUGAUAAAAUACAUCAAAACACUCCACUUCACUGGGCGGUUGCAGCAGGAAAUGUUAAUGCUGUUGAUAAGCUCUUGGAAGCUGGUUCUAGCCUGGAUGUCCGAAAUGUUAAGGGAGAAACCCCUCUUGACAUGGCCCUGCAAAGCAAAAAUCGGCUCAUUAUUCACAUGCUAAAAACGGAGGCCAAAACUCGAGCCAACAAAAAUUUCAGACUUUGGAGAUGGCUGCAGAAAUGCGAGGUCUUCCUGCUGCUGCUACUUUCUGUGAUUACCAUGUGGGCUGUUGGAUACAUAUUGGACUUCGAUUCAGAUUCUUGGCUUCUAAAAGGAUUUCUUUUAAUAAUAUUGUUUUUUCUGACGUCUUUGUUUCCAAGGUUCUUGCUCGGGUACAAGAGCCUUAUAUACUUACCAACAGUCUUUCUGCUGAGUUCCAUUUUUUGGAUGUUUAUGACUUGGUUCAUCUUAUUCUUUCCUGAUGUUGCAGGCACCCCUUUAUAUUUCCUUUUCAUUAUCAGCAUAGUAGCCUUCCUCUAUUUUUUCUACAAGACUUGGGCAACUGACCCAGGGUUCACUAAGGCUUCAGAAGAAGAAAAGAAAAUGAGUAUCAUCACCCUUGCAGAGACCGGCUGCCUGGACUUCAGAACAUUUUGUACAUCCUGUCUUAUGAGGAAGCCCUUAAGGUCACUGCAUUGCCAUGUGUGCAACUCCUGUGUGGCUCGCUACGACCAACAUUGCCUGUGGACCGGACGGUGCAUAGGUUUUGGCAACCAUCACUAUUACAUAUUCUUCUUAUUUUUCCUUUCCAUCGUGUGUGACUGGAUUAUAUAUGAAUCUUUCAUCUAUUGGUCAAAUCAUUGUACCACAACUUUCAAAGAAGAUGGACUGUGGACCUACCUCAAUCAGACUGUGACCUGUUCCCCUUGGGUCAUGUAUAUCUUCAUGUUAGCAAGUUUUCAUUUCUCAUGGUCAAUGUUUUUAUUAAUAAAUCAACUUUUUCAGAUUGCUUUUCUGGGCCUGACCUCCUAUGAGAGAACCAGCCUGCUGAAGCAGAGCAAGCACAUGAAACAGACGUUGUCCCUCAGGAGGACCCCGUACAACCUUGGGUUCACACAGAACCUCGCAGAUUUCUUCCAGUGCGGCUGCUUUGGCUUGGUCAAGCCCUGUGCAGUAGACUGGACUUCACAGUACACCAUGGUCUUUCACCCGGCUAAAGAGAAAGUUCUUCGCUCAGUAUGAAGAAGAGCAGCCCGUAACUCUCACUUUGAUUUGUUUGUACUUAUGUCGAUGCUCUGUGGUCUGCAAGUGAAAUGAAGAUUUAGAGUUCACCUAAGCCCAAAGGAAAGCACAGGUGGCUUUUAAAGCCAUUUGGUAAAAACAGAAGUUCUCAAGAAAGCAUUUACACUUUUUCAGGUUUAGUAAGACGGACUGCUCCUGAACAAUCUUAGCCAACGUCUAAAAAGAACUUUCAUAUUUUUCACGAGAAAAUGCAAGUUCCUUCUUUUUUUUUUUGGCGAUAAUAUUCACCAAUUAUGGAGAAAGUGUGGUAUUUUCAGAUACUUUAUUGGCUGUUUCAAAGUAGUACUAUUCUUUAAACUUGUAAUUUUUGAUAAAUUAUUUGUCUUUGUUUUAUCUAUAAAUAUGUAAAAAAAAAUUUAAAUAGAUGUACCUGUUUUGCUUUCACAUGUAAUAAAACAGUUUUUUUUUGUA